CCCCUCAUCCCAAACUGCCCCAGCCGCUGGGCGAGGGCAGCGCCUGCUGCUUUAACCUCUCCCUCCGGGUGCAGGAAUUGUCCGCUGCGCCUUUAACGGGGGUCGUUACACCGGCGGCGGAGCUGCAGGAAGAAGCGGCAGCGGCAGCAGCGCGUGGUGCCCUGGCGGCUGCUCCCCUCCGGCUCCCCGGCGCUGCAGCCUGAACCCCGGGAGAGGUGCCGCUAGAGGCAGCCGAAGGAAACAAAUGUGGCCGAGGAGCGCAAGACGCCUCGUCUCCCCGUGCGCUAGGAGAGCUCCAGCGGCGAGCCGCUAGGGCGCAGCGGGCUCGGAGAGCGGCGGCCGCGGGCAGGUGCGGGACGCGGCGCUCAGUGGCAGGAGCCGAGGCGCCCGGGGAGAUGGCGAAAGCCUCACGCCCAGCUGGUCCGCGCAGAUUCAGUGGCGCUCAGUGGCACAUGCAGAACAUCAUUAAUGACUCUGUGGAGAGCUCAGACGAUGAAUUUUUUGAUGCCCGAGGGAGGGGAAGAAGACAAAAAGGCUGCUGCAAAGAAGAUGACAGUGCAAAUAUGAAAAUCUGCCAUAAACAGGAGGUGGUGGAAGGGAAAAGUGCCAUUCUCAUAGGAAUGAGCCAGUGGAACUCCAAUGACUUGGUAGAGCAGAUCGAAACAAUUGGGAAGCUGGAAGAAAAUCAAGCAGGUGAAGAGCCUGCAGUUUGCUCGUCUGGAUUUCUCCAGGAAAAGCAACGUGAAUUAUAUAGAGCCUCUUUGAGAAAACAAAGAUUCCCUGCACAAGGCAGCAUUGAAAUACAUGAGGACAAUGAGGAAGGAGCUCAGCACAGGAACUGUAAAACUCACGUCCUUAUUCUUGUCCUACAUGGGGGCAACAUCUUAGAUACAGGAGGAGGGGACCAGAACUGCAAGAUGGCUGACAUCAACACCUUCAGUUCCGUGUUUGAGAAGGUGACCCGAGCCCAUUUCCCUGCUGCGCUGGGCCACAUCUUAAUCAGGCUUGUCCACUGCCCAGCCAUCUGUCUGGAGGCUUUCUCUCUUGUUUCCAACCUGAAUCCCUACAGCUAUGAUGAGAACUGCCUGAGCAGUAGUGAAGACCACAUCCCACUGGCUGCCUUGCCCUUGCUGGCCAUUUCCUCCCCUCAGUACCAGGAUGCAGUUGCCAUGGUGAUUAGCAGAGCCAACCAAGUUUACAAUGAAUUUCUCAAGUCUCCAGAUGGGACUGGUUUUAAUGGACAGGUGUGCCUCAUCGGUGACUGCGUUGGAGGAAUUUUGGGGUUUGAUGCCAUCUGCUACAGUGCUGGCACUGCGGGUGAGAGUCAGAACAGUAGCAGGAGAGGGAGCCUCGGCAGCAUGCAGGAUAAUCCCCUCUUAGCAGAGGAUUCCAGUCUGGGUGGCAGCAAACGCCUAAGCAAAAGUAAUAUUGACAUUUCGGGAAUCAUGGAGGAUGAGGAGCCAAGGCAACCGUUGCCAAGGAAACAGAGCGACUCAUCCACUUAUGACUGUGAUACUAUAUCCCAACACCAUGCUUUCCUGUCUAGUAUCCAUGCGAGUGUUAUGAAGAACGAUGCAGACUUUCCUCCUAUGAGCAGCUCCAGUCUCUCAGAAGUAAACCUGGGACGGUUUGAAUUUGAAGUUUCAGAUUUCUUCCUGUUUGGCUCACCGCUUGGUUUAGUACUGGCCAUGAGGAGUACUGUUCUGCCUGGACUGGAUGUGUGCCAGGUCCGUCCAGCUUGCAGCCAAGUGUACAGUUUCUUUCACUCUGCUGAUCCCUCUGCCUCCAGGCUUGAGCCAUUGUUGGAGAAAAAAUUCCACCUCUUGCCUCCAUUUAACGUCCCAAGGUACCAGAGAUUUCCACUGGGAGAUGGAAGAUCACACCAGUUAGCUGACACUCUUCACAACCAGAGCGCCCUGUUUCUUGAGAACAUCUCCAGGGUCACACCCUCCUCUCCAGAGACUCCAGAAUCUCCAGACACGCUGAGUCAGUCACAAGGAAAGACAAGGAGGACAAGCUUGGUCAGCAUGAACAGUGAAACCUCCGGGUCGACAGAGAGCUUGCCAUCAGCAAACAUCUCCAGCAUUACUGCCAAAUGGUGGGGAACAAAGAGAAUAGAUUACGCCCUGUACUGCCCAGAUGUUUUAACAGCAUUCCCAACAGUGGCCCUGCCCCAUCUCUUCCACGCCAGCUACUGGGAAUCAACUGACGUAGUGGCAUUCAUUUUAAGACAGGUGAUGAGGUAUGAAAAUGUGAAUGUCAAGGAAAAUGACAGCUUGGACCCUGCAACGCUAAGCCCCUCCAAUCCGCGAGAGAAAUGGCUACGCAAGAGGACACACGUCAAGCUCAGAAAUGUAACUGCCAAUCACAGAGCAAACGACGUCAUUGCAGCCGAAGAUGGUCCUCAGAUACUGGUUGGUCGGUUUAUGUAUGGUCCCCUGGAUAUGGUCGCUUUAACAGGUGAAAAGGUUGAUAUCCUUAUUAUGACUGAACCCUCUUCGGGCAGGUGGGUGUAUUUCGACACAGAGAUCACCAACAGCAGUGGCAGGAUAUCCUACAACAUACCCAAACAGAAGAGGCUUAGAGUUGGUGUGUAUCCCAUCAAAAUGGUGGUUAGGGGCGACCAGAGCAAUGCACUGAGUUACCUGACUGUGCUUCCCCCGGGAAUGGAGUGUGUGGUGUUUAGCAUUGAUGGCUCCUUUGCAGCGAGUGUCUCAAUCAUGGGCAGUGACCCCAAAGUCCGAGCUGGGGCAGUCGACGUUGUCCGCCACUGGCAGGAUCUGGGAUACCUGAUCAUCUAUAUCACUGGCCGUCCUGAUAUGCAAAAGCAGAGAGUGGUCUCAUGGUUAUCUCAGCACAACUUUCCUCAAGGGAUGAUUUUCUUCUCGGAUGGGCUCGUUCAUGACCCACUACGACAAAAGACUAUUUUCCUCCGGAAUCUAAUGCAAGAGUGCUACAUCAAAAUUUGUGCUGCGUAUGGCUCAAUGAAGGAUAUUUCCGUGUACAAUGUUUUGGGUCUGUCGCCUUCCCAGAUCUACAUAGUUGGACGUCCAACAAAGAAAUAUCAGACUCAAUGUCAGUUCCUCAGUGAAGGUUACGCGGCACACUUAGCCUUGCUGGAGUUCAGUCUCCAUUCACGGCCCAAGAAGAACAACUCCCGGAUGAUCCUGAGGAAAGGAAGCUUUGGCCUGCACUCCCAGCCCGAGUUUCUGCGGAAACGGACUCACCUUCGCAGGACUAUGUCUGUGCAGCAGCCUGACCCACCUUCGUCAAACCCCAAACCAGAGCGUGCCCAGAGCCAGCCUGAAUCAGACAAAGAUCACGACAGGCACCUGCCCCCCAUAGCCUGGGUUCGAGGUGGGGUCCAUAAAUUUGAGUCUGCGCCUUAGGAAGCAUUGAGGAAUAAGUCUUGGGUGCCAGCCAAUCAAGCUGUAGGCAAAGGGUAGGACACAUAACCAGAGGCUUCCUUGCUCUGGAAUCUGCCUUCUUAAACCAAGUAGGGAACUUUGUUUGUUCCUCUUAACAUACCUAUUAUAAAACUUUAAAUCCAGAUCUAAAACUAUCGCAAGUGCUUAACAUCAAAACUGCAAAAUAGGUCUUAGAAUUUUUUUUUACAAGACACAUUAUAAAAUGUACAAUAAAAGAGAAAAGCUGUAACAGGUUGAUUUUACUCAAGGGAAGAUGCUUAAAGGAGUGACAUCAGCUAAUUAGUAGCACCUUAAAAAAAAAAAAGCAUAAGCAGGUAAAAUGAGUGAAAGAGAAGGGUUAAAUUUUAAAACCCUAAAGGCUGUAUCAGUUGCUGCUAUACUCCCAAGAAAGUGUUUACACAGAAGGGAAGUGCAGGUGGAGUGGAAUGUGGAAGGCAAACUCUUUGGGUACCUUAAACCCAAGAAAAUUUCCUUUGGCUUGCGGUGUUGAUGAAUGUGCAUCAGCUUAAGUUCUGAUCCACACAUCUUAUAAGUGAGGUAGCUAGACUUAAAAUACACACUGGAGAAAUCUACUUAUGAACCAAAUCAUAAACACCUGAUGUUUAAAAAAAGAAAAUGUCUCUGCAGUCUGAAGCACUGAUAGUGUUGCUAUAUACAAAGAUCACAUUUUUCUUGGAGCUUGUUGACUGUACAAAUGUUAGAAUUCCUUCAAGCAACAAGAUGGGGUUGACCCUUUAGAUAUAAGACAUGGAUCCUACAUAGGUAAGCUAAAGAAAUCCCUCUUCUGUAGUGUCUCCAGAAUUUUACAAUGGAUGAAAAUGAGUGAUAUCAUCACCGAUUUUAUAUUGGUAAUGUUCCCCUUGUCACUGCUGUUUAAAAAACAAUAUGCUAUGGAAGUGUAGUGCAGUUUCUGUUAAAACAAUCUUACUGUAUUUAAAAUACCCACAUUUAAGCUUCAUAGAAACUAGAUGCUAUGAAAUUGCAGCUGCCGGUUAAAAGUACUCAUUUUCUAAUGAUCGAAAAAUUCCAUUUAGAUGUUCUCAGCUCAGUUAGAAGGAUCUACUGGAGGCAACUGUGUGGGAAUCUCCCUAAAUGUUCACAUUUCAGAGGUAAAUUGUGUAGUCGUUUUAGGAUAGAAGCAAAGAGCCAGAUCCUGCAAAUUCUUACUCAGUGAUAACUCCUACUGAGCUGAAUUCAGUGGAACAACUAAAACUUGGUUGUAAGUGCUCAGGAACAUCACCUCUUACAGGAUUAAACACUGGUUUACAAGCCUGGGAGAGUUUCACUAAAGCUACCCAUUUUUCAAGUCUUCUCCAUCUUCAAUGCAGGCUCAAAUGAGCCUAUUGGUUAUUGAGAUAUAGUAUGUACAAGGAAUGCUAUGGGGAAACGACAAUGAGGCAGGAGAGGAAAAACGUAAACCUGCCUUAUUUGAAGACCCCAGAGAGCUAUGAGAGGUUCCAAGGGGUGAUUCCUACCCAAGAAAGUAGAAAAUUAGCUCUACCUGUGCAGCACCUUAGGUCCAGUUCUGUAUUUUAUUCUGUGGGAGGAACGCCAAAGUUACCUGCUGUUUUGUAUUACACUUCUAAUCAGUCUGCAUGCAAAAAUUUAGCUUCACAUUUCCUGAAAGAUCUAGUAGCAUUUCACAAUAAAAUUAAUGUUUCUCUUACCCCGGUUAAAUUAAACUGGAGUUUUGAUGUUAAAAUUAAGACA